AUGCUCUCUUCUCUUCGUACUGUUCCUCGUCAGGUUUCAACCUUGGUUCGAAGAAAGCAUACUUUACCGGACUUGGCUUAUGAUUACAACGCUCUCGAGCCUGUAAUCUGUUCCGAAAUUAUGCAACUUCAUCAUUCUAAGCACCAUGCUACCUACGUGAACAACCUGAACAUGAUUGAAGAAAAGCUUCACGAAGCUGUAAGCAAAGGAAACGUUAAGGAAGCUAUUGCACUUCAGCCGGCACUCAAAUUCAACGGAGGAGGACACAUCAAUCACUCCAUUUUCUGGACCAACUUAGCUAAGGAUGGAGGCGAGCCUAGCUCUGAACUUCUGAGUGCCAUCAAAAGAGAUUUUGGAUCUCUGGAGAAGAUGCAAGACACUCUAUCAACUUCAACCAUAGCCGUUCAAGGAUCAGGAUGGGGAUGGCUUGGAUACUGUCCAAAAGGAAAGGCGUUAAAGAUCGCUACCUGUGCCAACCAAGAUCCUCUUGAAGCCACAACUGGUCUCGUUCCCUUGUUCGGAAUUGAUGUAUGGGAGCAUGCUUAUUAUCUCCAAUACAAGAACGUCCGUCCCGACUACGUUAAAGCUAUUUGGAAGAUCGCCAAUUGGAAGAAUGUUAACGAGAGAUUCGCAAAUGCUCAAAAACAAUAA